CCGCGGCGGAGGGCGAACAGGCGAACGCCGGAGCUGCUACAUCCGGGCUGCGGCGGCGGGCACCUGCCGCGCCGGGGGCCUCGGGUGACAUUGGGCCUCGGCAGCUGAAGGGGGAGGACGGGCUCCGCAGCCUGGUAGAGAGCGAGACCUUCGUCCGCGCCCGCUGCCGCCAUGUUUCGCGUUAUGGUCAGCCACGCCAGGAAGCACCCCAGCUUGAUCCCUCUGUUUUUGAUCAUUGGAUCUGGAGGUGUUGGCGCAGCCCUGUAUCUCAUGCGUUUGGCAGUGUUCAACCCUGAUGUCUGCUGGGACAAGAAAAAUAAUCCAGAACCUUGGAACAAACUGUCUCCCAGUGACCAGUACAAGUUCUACUCGGUUAACGUAGACUACAGUAGACUGAAAAAGGACCGUCCUGACUUCUGAACAACACACUCAUCUCCGUAAGCUGCACAGAAAGGUCUUCCGGAAGCCGUCCGCACAAUUGUCAUGCUUAAUCAUCCAGGAAAUAAUCAAACGUGCCUCACGCUGCACUUGGUCAUGUGUUUGAAAGUGUCUUGAUGAGGCUUAAUAAAUGUUUGAAACUUGACGUGUCUAUUCUUUACUCCAAUUUUGCAAAAUGAGAAUAUCCUCCUAUUAACA